UUUGAGUUAUGUUUAUCUAUAAAGAAUAGGAAAUAUCUAGUUGUGUUAAUCCUAAUGAGAUUAGGAUAAUUAGAGGGUUAUAUAAAGGUUAUGCAAGAGUGUUGCAUAGUGUGUGAGUUUUAUGAGUCUUAGUUUUGAGUGAUUUUCUAAGACAUUGAGGUUUCAAUAAGAAGAGUUUCUUUUGAGAUAUAUUAUUCUUGUGUUUGUGAGGUUUGAUAUCGAGCUAUACGAGUUCUAUACAGAUUCUAUAGUGAUAAAGCUAACAAUAGAAUGGUCUGUUUAGCUGUUACAGGUGAAGUUGUGACAUGUGGCUUUCUAGCCACUAACCGCAAAGUUCGGAGUCAAACCUUUUCAAAGUAGUUAGUUAAAUGGUCCUUAAAGGUACACGUGUUAAAUUCCCAACUACAUUGAUGAACCAAUUGAUUAAAUUCAGUAACCCGGACCAGAUUGUGAAACUUUCCUGUUGAAUAGGUGUUGAAUAAGUGCUGAACAAAAAAAAACGAAGAGAGCACCCUUUAAAAUGCCUUGAAGUUCUCUGGUGCGUACAAGUGGCCACUAGUUUUGUUUUCUCUCUGUGACUACAUAGUGUGCCCUUUCGUUGAAACCAUUCUCACUGCAUUCUUGAUUUCUGUCAAACUCCAACGACCUCCAAAACUCUUUCUUGAAUAAACUUCUUGAAAAUGGCACGACAAGAUCCUAAUCCAUUUGCUGAUGAAGAGACCAAUCCUUUUGCGGAUAAUAAAAGUGUUCCUCCUGCAAGCAACUCCUAUCUCAAGCCGCUUCCACCUGAACCUCACGAUCGUGGUUCAACCGUCGAUAUCCCUUUGGAUUCCAGCCAGGUACCACCAUAUCUUCAAUAUACCUUCUACAUUUUACCUUUCAAUGUUUCCUCAAAAUCUGGUUUCUGUUUUGAAGGAUCUUCGAGCUAAAGAGAUGGAACUUCAGGCUAAGGAGAACGAACUGAAACGUAAAGAGCAGGAGCUUAAAAGAAGAGAAGAUGCAAUAGCUCGAAGUGGAGUUGUCAUUGAGGAGAAGAACUGGCCAGAGUUUUUCCCUCUAAUUCAUCAUGACAUUACUAACGAGAUUCCUAUUCAUUUACAGAAGAUCCAAUAUGUCGCAUUCGCCACAUUGUUAGGGUUGAUAGCAUGCCUCUUGUGGAAUAUUGUGGCAGUAACUGUAGCUUGGAUCAACGGAGGAGGUCCCACUAUAUGGCUUCUCUCAAUCAUCUACUUCAUUUCUGGUGUCCCUGGGGCUUACGUCUUAUGGUAUCGUCCUCUUUACCGAGCUACCAGAACUGAUAGUGCCCUGAAGUUUGGAACAUUUUUCUUGUUUUACUUGUUUCACAUUGCAUUCUGCGGUUUUGCUGCAGUUGCUCCACCAGUCAUCUUUCGAGGAAAGUCCCUCACAGGUUUCUUGCCAGCACUCGAGUUUCUAACUACUAAUGUUGUGGUCGGGAUAUUGUAUUUCAUUGGAGCGGGCUUUUUCUGCAUAGAAACACUUCUCAAUGUAUGGGUGAUUCAGCAAGUAUAUGCAUACUUCCGAGGGAGUGGCAAAGCUGCACAGAUGAAGCGUGAAGCUACAAACUCGAUGGUGCGUGCACUAUGAAGUCAACACUCGAUUCACUAGAAAAAUUUAUCUCUCCACACAACAAUUGACACAACCCCCUUCUCUCUGCAUAGUCUAGCCUCACAAUUUUUUUCUUGUUUGAAUUACUUUGUAAAGACUAAAUCAAGUACCUUAAACCCAAAACUGUGUGGGUUUAAUUGUCAAAAAAAAAACAUUUCUUCAUGAAUGAUAAAAGCAAGAUCUCUAGUGGAA